AUGGUCGUCCAUGAAGGGGCUGCCGAAUGCCUCUGCACUCAGUCUGCCUUCACCAUGUUCAUCACAAGGGUUUUUGCAGUGGGUCUGGACAGAGCAGGGAAAACCACUAUCUUUUACAAACUGACGCUGGCUGAGUCCGUCACCACCAUCCCAACUCUUGGUUUUAAUGUAGAGACAGUGGAGUACAAGAACAUCAGUUUUACAGUUUGGGAUGUCGGCGGCCAGUGUCUCCUCAGACCCCUGUGGAGACAUUACUUGGUGAACGUAGAGGGUCUGAUAUUUGUGGUGGACAGCACCGACCCUGCGAGGAUCAAAGAAGCUGCUGACGAGCUGCACAAGACGUUAAAACUUGACCGACUGAAAGACAUGCCCAUACUGGUGUUCGCUAACAAACAGGAUUUACCCCAAGCCAUGUCGGUCAGUGACAUCACAGAGGCCCUGAGCCUAUCAGGAGUCUCACAGCCGUGGUUUGUCCAGGCGUCCUCUGCUGUGAGUGGUACGGGUCUGGCCGAGGGUCUGGACUGGCUCUCCAACCAGAUCCAGUAGAGGCUGAUCUGGAAGCUCUACUUUAUUUUUUCUGUUUUCCUGCUGCGUCUUCAAAC